UUUUAAGAAUUGAUUCUUCUAGUGUAAUAUUUAAGAGCUUAGUUGCUGGUCUCCGAGUUAGUUGUGUGCUUUCGUCAAAUUAACUAACAUGGCCGAAGAAGAUUGUCAAACUCGAGGACGUUCCAAGUCACAUUCAAAGCGUGCUGGCAUUGUGUUUCCAGUUAGCCGCAUUGAUCGCAAUCUUCGCAAGGGUAAAUAUGCCGAGCGUUUUGGCAAAGGUGCACCUAUUUAUAUGGCAGCCGCAUUGGAAUAUCUGGUUGCCGAAAUUUUAGAAUUAGCUGGCUAUGCUGCCAAGGAUAACAAGAAAAUUCGAAUUACACCACGUCAUCUACAGCUGGCUAUACGUAAUGAUCAGGAGUUAACCAGUUUGCUUUCAAAAGUUACCAUUGCCGAGGGCGGUGUUGUGCCAAAUAUUCACAAGUGCCUAUUGCCAAAGAAGACCCAAAAAAAGUAAUUGAUUAGUUUUUAAAAUACAUUUUAAAUGGAUUGAAACCCCACUAAAAUCAAGCAUUUGGUAUGAAUUUUACUUUUAAUUAACUAAACAUAUUGUUUUGUUAC